GUCCAGGGAAGUUGGGCAUUCCACCCCGCACAUUCAGAGAAUCUCAAACAAAGAGUCCUGAUCCAAAUGCAAAGUGGCCUACCAUUGAUUUUCUACACCUUCCUCGAGUUAAGCGGCGCCUAGAUAUCAAAGCACCACCUGUAGAGUCGGACACAUCUUCUAGCAGUGACAGUGAGGAGGAAACAACGAAACACAUAAAGAAACACAAACAAGCAGAUAUAUAUAGUCCAAGGCAAGAAACUGAUUUGCUUUACACAAAAACCCAAUAUGUUCAUCAUACUGCAGACAUCAAAUCAGUAUCAUCAGCUUCUGAGUCAUCUUCAAGUAGUGACAGUGAAGAUGAAAAAAGGGGCCAGGCAAAGAAGCAGAGUUUGGGCUCAACGGGGUUUCAACAAUCUCAAACCAAACGUCAUGAUCCUAUUUACACAUCAAGCACCUCACAUGAGGAGGGGAUGGAAGAUUUAAGAAACCGCCCAGUUGCAGUUAAACCAGAUUCAAGAUUGCCCGAAAUGGGCCUCAGCACUAUCCCCUAUGUCAAAAAGCGUCUGGAUAUCAAGACACGUUCACCUAAGUCCUCCUCCAGCAGUGAUGAGAGUGAAGGUCGGACUACAGACCAGCCUGUUAAAAUGGCUACCAACUUAGGCUCUCCAACUUCUACAUUGUUUAAGCUUCCUCACAUUUCAAAGAAAGAUUCCAAUAUUACAUUAGAAAAGUAUGUUGUUAUAACAGAUGAGUUAAGGGAAAAUCGAAAAGACAACGUCAGCACAACACCAGAGAUAAACUCUGAGCUCCAGUCACGAUGGGCCACAAUGAAUCUUGGUGUCUCCCAAUUUAGAAAGCGCCUUAAAAUCACAUCACCGAGUUCUCAACCAUCCAAAUUGCCCUCAUCACCUCUGCCAGACUCCCCUUCUCUGAAUCCUGAAAACAAACAUGUGAAACCCUCUGAUUCCUCUUCCAGCAGCAGCAGCAGUGAAGAUGAGAUAACAGAAAACAGAGCUCCUCCAGGCAUGACAUAUGUUGACUUUCCAAUCUAUAAGCGUUCAAUUAUGAAAACUUCAUCGCUAUCUGAUAGUUCUUUCUCCCCCAGUGGCAAGAGCCAAAUGGUAAAUGUUGCACAGGAAAGUGAAAAGGACAGAAAUUCAUCACUUGCUCCAAAGAGAGUAUCCAGUCUGAGCUUUGAGGAUGAAGUAAGGAGAAGGACUGAACAAAGACACAAUGCAAAUGCAGAUAUACCACCAGAGAUAAAAUGGACUGGUGUUGGUCAUCAUCUGUCUAAAAUCUCUACACCAGCACUAAAGACAGGUCUGAAUACAACACCUCCACAGCAGGCUUCACCUGCAAAACCAGAACUUCCCCAGCUGUACUCCUCCAGCAUCAAAAGUGACUUUAAAAUAAAGCAAGACAGUUGGAAAUCAGAUGUAAAGCCAACACAUAAAUUCUCACCCAUUAGUGCCAAUAGUACUUCUUCUGCAUCCGGAGGUGCUCUUCACAGGCUUUACAACUCACCCAACACCACAUAUGAGAAUCCAAGCCCUCUUUUGCUCUCUGAUAGGAAGGAAAGAAAAGGCCUCAGUGCCCUAAAAGUCAUGUCAUCAGAGAGAAAAAUGUGGGACACGGUGGAUUUCAGUGGGGAUGGAUCUCCUACAGUUGAUGACCACAGUCCACAAGUUGACACCGGUGUUUAUUAUCGCAAGUCUGAGCCGGACAUCAAACCCCUGCCACGAUUACAUCUCCCCUCUGCUUCACCAGAUGAGAGAAGAGCUACAGAUUUGUUGUAUGAUCUUCCCCGCUACAGGAGCCAUGACAUCAAACCACCACAAGUUGCCCCACCUCCUAUUCCUGUAACACUACCGCCAGAGGAGGCCGUUGGGCUUACAUGGAGAUCUCCACAGGACAAUAAGAAACACGGCUCGGAAGGAAAUAGAACCUAUCAGCAACAGAGACAAAACACAGAGGAACCUGUUGCUUCUUCGCUUACACCAGAAUACCCACCAAUCUAUUUAAACACUUCAAACAUCAGUCAUGUUUAAUGACAAGUCAAUUCAUGCUAAACACUUAAAAAGCCACCCAGAUGAUAGGCAUGAUUCUCUGAGCUUAAGUUAUCCUGUGAAUGUCAAAAAUAUUGUGAAUUGUAUAUUAUGUGUGACUUUGGAAUGAAAUGUAAGCUAUAAUCAUUCAUUGGCUAGGGCUGCCA